GGCAUCCACAACUUCUGUAUGAGAGUAAAGUUUUACAAGAUUCUCCAAGGUAAGGAGUUGGUAUUCCCCACAUAAGAUGGUUUGGGCAAGAACAACAGUAUAACAUAUUAGUUAUGGACUUAUUGGGACCAUCUUUGGAAGAUCUCUUCAAUUUUUGUAGUCGUCGGUUCACCAUGAAGACUGUAUUAAUGUUAGCAGACCAGAUGAUUGGCCGUAUAGAAUUUAUUCAUAACAAGAACUUCAUUCAUAGAGAUAUUAAGCCAGAUAAUUUCCUUAUGGGUAUUGGUCGCCAUUGCAACAAGCUGUUCCUCAUUGAUUUUGGUUUGGCGAAGAAGUACAGGGAUAACCGAUCAAGAGCGCACAUACCGUAUCGAGAAGAUAAAAACCUCACUGGUACUGCUCGUUAUGCAUCUAUCAAUGCACAUCUGGGUAUAGAGCAAAGUCGGCGAGAUGACAUGGAGUCACUUGGCUAUGUAUUGAUGUACUUCAAUCGAGGAUCCUUGCCCUGGCAAGGUCUUAAGGCUGCCACUAAAAAACAGAAGUAUGAGAAAAUUAGUGAAAAGAAAAUGUCCACUCCUGUUGAGUCUCUCUGCAAGGGCUUCCCUGCUGAGUUUGCUAUGUAUCUCAACUAUUGCCGAGGAUUACGAUUUGAUGAGGCUCCAGACUACAUGUACCUGCGUCAGUUGUUCCGCAUAUUGUUCCGCACACUCCAUCACCAGUACGACUACACUUUUGACUGGACGAUGCUGAAGCAAAAGGCAGCGUCCACUGCGGCAGCAGCUGGAACCACUCCCCAACCUGCAGCGACCCAAGGGACACAGAAACAACUCUGAGGGCUUGGAUGAAGGUGAUUGGAAGAGAAGCUUGGAGCUAGCUAGUGGUAAUCCCCAUUCUUUAAAUCAUAAAAGGACAAAGAAAUGGAGGACUUGAACCGUAUCCGCUUGUCCAAAGGAUUUGGCAACAGUGAUAAAAAGGAAUUAAGGAAGAAAAAUUUCUCUGUCAUUUCCCAGUCAAAAAUUCUUGCAAAUCGUUAAUGCAGCUCACCCUGGCAAGAUGACUUUGCGGAGAGCACUGCUUAGUCUCAAUUUUUAUUUUUUCUUGAACUGGAUAAAUUUUUUUCAUUGCAAGUUUUUGUGAUUAUAUGUGGUGUUUGGUGAAUAAAAAACUAUUGCAUAGUGAACGAAAGGUGGUUUUAAUAUUUUUUAUUACUUUAGAGUAUAAAGUGAAAGCUGAAAACUUUAACACUGGCACAAGGGUAAAUAAAAAAAAAAAACCUCGAGAAAGAACAAAAUCUAUUGUCUUUAUUUCUGAAGGAGAAUGAAAUCAAAGGUUUUGGCUGAUUUUGUUUUUUGGUUAUUUUAGUUUCAAAAUAACAUAAUAGAAAAAAGAAAAAAUUAAUCUUAAAAUCCACUCUUUAAAAACCAAAAAAAAAAAACAAAAAAAUUAGUAAUGCUUCAUCUUAUUGUGUACAGAACCUUAGUGAUAUUUAUUAGAAAAUCUAUACAGUUUAUUUCAGUGAAAGGGAAAUUUGCUAUUUUGUUUUGCUGAAGUUCUACGCAGUCUGUCCUGAGUUGAUGCUGUAGCAACUGGUAAUACUGAGGAAUAUGAUUUUGGUGUUAAUAUUAAUUGAAAAUUGUAAGACUUACUUGUAAUUAUGUAUCAUACAGUCAGUUAUUUUGCAAAGAGGAGUGUUCCUUAGUCUUUUGUCAUUUUAAUUUUUGUGAUUGGUUUCUUUUUGUGCAAGAUUCAGUGUUUAACCUACAUAACCCAAGCAAAUUCUUGUAUAAUCUUUGCUAUAUUGUUAAGCUGUGUGUAAUGGAGUAUACUUGUUGAUAAUGUGUAUGGCAGGUGUGUUUUAACAAUUUAAUUCUUUCCCCAUGUAUAGUCAAAGCAGUAAUAAAUAAUUAGUGAAAUGUUGGGAAUACAAUCCCAAGUCAUUAGUAAAAUGUUGGGAGUACAAUCCCAAUUAAAAAAAGAAAUAGCAAAUUUUAUGGAUGUUACUUUUCCUGUCUUUCUUUUCUGUCAUCGACCAAUUUUAAGUCUUCUCAACACAUAUACAAACCGCUGUAUUCUUUUCCUGACUUGUACGUUUUUUCACGAGAUAUCUUGACUUAGAUAUCCCCAUGACAUUAUUGUUGUCCUUAUCAGUUUGUCUUGUAUGAGGAAGUCAAAAUUCUUCUUCAGCGGUGUGAGAUAGUGAAUGCCUAUUAUUGUUUAGGAGUCACUUCUGUCUUCUUCCUGCGUGAUGUUGACAGGAGCAAAUGUUAAAAACAAUGCAAACUCUUGAAUUCUUUAAGGGCAUUUCUUUUUUUGUCUUAGUCCAUUUAGUAGAGUAUAACAACAGAUUAUCGAUCCUUAAAGGAAGUGAAAGUUAGGAUUGUUUUUGACGAGCUUUAUUAGUGGAUGGCACCGUGGCAUGGAGGAACAUGCUCCAAUGAUGUGCAUCUCAUUGUUCUUUUAUGUCAAAUGUCUACUCAAGAUUGGCCUGCCCGCCUUGCCUUGGUGACGGAAGUGAAGCUAAAAGUAUAUCACUUUUUCUAUUAUGAGUAUUUUAUUUAGAAUUGCUGUCCUGCAUUCAGAAAGGGUGAAGUCUUUAAUCAUCUCAUUGUGUCCCCAGUGAAAGUAAAUUGAAGGGUCUCUUCAUAGGUCUUCAGACCCAGUGAACUGGGGAGAUGAAAAAAAGAAGAAAAUAAUGUAGUUUAUUGUGCAGUGGUCUCCCAGUCACUGUGCAGUAUUUUAUUUUUUUGCGUCCCUAGAUGUGUGAAAGAAAGCCUUAAUACUUGAAUAUUCUUUCUCAAGACUGACCUUCUAGGGAAAUGCUUAAGGCAGUGACAUAACAUUUUUACAAAUGUUAAUACUGUGUCAUUGCACAAUGUUUUGAAAAAGUAGGUGAUUAAUACUUAAGUGAUUUAUGGUUAUUUUGGAAAAAGUAGGUGAUUAAUACUUAAGUGAUUUAUGGUUAUUUUGCUAUCACAUGUGAAAUGUGUAUAUAUAAAUAUAAUAUAUAUAUAUACAUAAUGGCAUGGGUGUGUGUAUGAAUGAUGAUGAGAUAUGGACACUAACCCAUACCUUGUUGAAUUGGUAUGAAUGUGAGGUAUUAUUUCAUUUUUGUAGUAAUGAUAUAGGUAUCUUUAUAUAUCUGUUUGUGAAUAGGUUUGAAAGUUAUAUUUGAGAGGUAUUGUAAUAGGUAAGUCCAUCAUUAAUCCCAUUUUUAUUUGUCGCAUGUAUAUGUGUGUGUGAAUGUGUGGGAGCGCAAUAUCAUCCUGGCCGUUUGAAUGUCUGCUGUACAUUGUUAUGAGAGAUAUAAAAAUUUCGAAUUAUAAAUGAAUGAGUUUUUUACUUUCUCUUUUUAAGCUCAAAAUGACGAUUUCAUUUUUGUUUUCUUUGCACAUGUGAUACUGUAAUAUCCGUUGGUCAUGCACCAUAUUGACCCUGACAUUGAAAAUAAAUAAAUAAUAAUAAUAAUGAAGACCCAGACUUAGUUGAAAGAAGGUGUAACUUACUUUUUUUUAACUGUGAUUCAUCAUUCAUGCUAAUUUUCAGUCACGUGAAACUGUAGUAUAGAACUGUAGUCUAAUAAACAGUGAAAACUA